GACGCGUCUCGAAAUGUCCCUUUUCUCUUUUCGGAAUUUGUUUCAGUAGCGCGACGCGUUUUCUUCUGUUUCCCCUUCUCUGCACACACACACAUACCCACGAAAAAUGGAUAUUGACGAACUUGACGCAUUGCUUCUCGACGACUAUGAUCCCUUUUCUAAAACGGACGACAAAUCAAACAACGAUCCAAAAGAAAAGGACACGACAUUUGAUCCAUUAGCAGCAACAACAGGCAAACGAUCUAAUGAUGAUGGACCCAGUACGUCGAAACGCAGAAAAUUCAAAAAGCUCGAUGCCGAUCUUCUAUUAGAUGCAAAGGGCUUACCACGAUUACGCCAUGAAACACCUUGGUUAAAGUUUCAAGGCAAAGGCUUCGAGGAUGAUGAUUUAAGGAAACUUAUCGAUUAUUAUACUGUGUGGGCACAUAGUCUUUAUCCUCGUUUGCAAAUUCGUGAUUUUGCACGUAUGGUGAUGAAGGCGACAGGGCAGGCACGAGUAAAGUAUACUUUAAGCCAAUGGCAAGAUGAAUACUACGAAAAACAGAAUGCGCUUAACGAGAAUGAUCCAGACAAAUCUAACCAAGAUGAUGAAGAUGAUGAGGAAGAGGCUGGACCUGCCGAAGAAACCAACGUUCCUGUUGAAAACAAUAGCAACUCGGAGGAUGACGAUUCUGACGAGGAUAAUGAACUGUUUUUGGAUUACUUGACUGGUGUUCGAACCAAUGUCGAAGAUACCCCUCCUACCACUACGACAGACACGAGUACUUCAACAAACAGCGCAGGCAAACAACGACCAACACAACAAUCUAAACCAUCUAAUGCAGCAGAGAAACCUGAUGGGCUACAAGCAAUGAGCGACGAUGACGAUAACGACGAAGAUUAUGACAUACCCAUUCCAGAAAAGCCACGAGAACAACUGCAACAACACAGCAGCAGCAGCAUUGAAAUGGAUAAGCAUGAUGAAAAUAUUCACAAAACUGAUGAUGACGACGACGACGAAGAAGACGAGCCCUUAUUCUUUAAAACCACCAACAAACCAAGGCGUAGGAUUACAGAUGAUGAUAGCGAAAUGAGCGAAUAAAAAAACCUCAAUCAUUUGAAAACAAAAGUGUAUAUAAGGAGAGUGAGAUAUGGGGAGGGAAUAAACAAGACACAGAAAAAAAAAGAAUGUGUAUAAUACAAGUGGAGAUGAUGAAAAGAGAGAAUGCGUGUAGAAAUCUACUGACCGAC